CAGCUGGCUGGGCACGUGCGAGCGAGCGAGCGGGCCACUCAGGUACCGUUUGCUACCAAAGGCCACUCACUACAGACGGCCAUAACAAUAUUUACCUCGCUCGAGGCCCUCCCACCCUUGAUCAAAUCACCCUCUCAACCCCCAACCCCCCAGCUUCGGCACCGACCUGUCUACCCAUACCGAGAUGUCGGGAGCAGAGGAGCAACUAGGCACGCCCAUGGGCUCCCCUCCUACGAUGAGCCCGCCUGCGCGCGAGUACGGCCUCAUCUUGCGCUUCCACUUCAUCCGCGUGCCAGGCGUGCAGUCGAGUUGCAUUGGCGUCGUCCGGAACAGCGACCCCUUCAACUGUGGUGAACGCGCCGUCAUCAGCAUCGAGGACAUGGGUUAUGCCAAUAUCUUGUUGAAAACCUCGAAGCCGCUCUUUGACGAACACGGGAUUCUGGAAACGCUUCAAGUUCUGCCUCAUCUUCGCAGCAUUUUCCACGGAUCUAAUACGUUUGGCACGUGGUCUGAUGCCUGCCUCCAUAGGCUAAUCGGUCAUUGUGGCGAUGAACUUCAGUGGAAGGCGGUCGGAACUGACAAAGACUUGCUGCCUGUCCAGGUCAAGGCUAUCACGUUCACUCAGUCCUUGGAAAAGCUGCUGCGGGCCGAGCGUUUGAUAUCUUGA